AAACUGUUGUCACUGUGAACUGAAGUGGACCUGACUAGGGGGCAGUAUUUCCUUCUGCCCUUCUGUCAGACUAGCGCGUUGGUGACCAUAGAAGAAGAGAAAGCGGAAGUCUUCAAACAUAAACGGUGUAGUGUUGUGCUCGCAGCUUUACCUUUUUCGAGAAUGGCGGAUGAGGAAGACGAGCCUGGAUUCGACGAGGAACUGGACGAGGGGUCCUGUGGCGCCGAUGGAGGACACGGGAAGAGAAAGCGUCUUUUCUCCAAGGAGCUUCGCUGCAUGAUGUACGGGUUUGGAGACGAUCAGAAUCCGUACACCGAAUCAGUGGACAUUCUUGAAGACCUUGUAAUCGAGUUUAUCACGGAGAUGACCCAUAAAGCCAUGUCUAUAGGUCGCCAGGGUCGCGUCCAGGUCGAAGACAUUGUUUUCCUCAUCCGGAAAGACCCGAGGAAGUUCGCCCGAGUGAAGGAUCUGCUGACCAUGAACGAGGAACUUAAGAGGGCACGCAAAGCCUUUGACGAAGCUAAUUAUGGCUCUUGAUUUGGGCUCGAUAUGAACAUUACGACGUCUAGAUUGUCUGUAAAAGACAAAUGUCACAAUGCUGUUCUGUUUUGGAGGGGUUUCACAUGUUAUUAACUGCCUCUAAUCUACUGCAGAAACUCCACAAGGCCAACCUGGCCAUGUUUUUCAACAACGACCCUUUUCUUUCCUUUGUUGUGAUUUGUCCGCUGUUCAUUCAGAAUUGGCUUUUUGUGGCUUCUUUACAUUUCUGUAUUAAAGUUAGCUGUUUUUA